GUGCAUCCAUUGUGUGAGCUUGAGCCCAGUGAUCGGAAUGCCCCUGGUUCGAACCGAACUUCUUCAUCUCGACCGCUCGUCUCUGGGUUUAGCAUUAUCUCAGCCGUCGUGCUUCCUACUGAUGGCGUGGCAGGUAUACUUCGAACGGGUAUUACAACUGAACGAUUGUUAUAUAUUAUCAUAUCAUGUAAUCAAACCUGUGCACGUUGUUCAACAGAUUCUCCGAGAGCUAUCACUGUGGCGGCCCGAUUACGUCCUUUUACCCCGAGAGAACUUGAACUACAGGACGAGGUUUCCAUCAUACAAAUGCCGAAACCUGGUGUCGUUCUACUCCUCUGUAAACGACAACCCGAUGUUUAUGCCCGUCAGUUUAUAUUCGACCAUACCUUUUGGUCAUUUGAUGAAAGAACUUCCAGUCUGGACGAUUCUUCAACUUUUUUCAAACCCGACUCACCCCCAUUCGCUGAUCAAGCCACGGUUUACCGAACCCUAGCAUUUCCAUUGCUGCAACGGUCACUUGAAGGUUACAAUACUUGUCUGUUUGCUUACGGUGUGACUUCCUCCGGAAAAACUUACAGCUAUUUGGAGAUCUACAACGAACGAAUCCGGGACCUGCUUUCCAACGAAAAAGGCGGACCGAACGGAUUACUUGUACGAGAACAUCCUGUGACGGGACCGUACGUAGAGGGGCUCAGUCGUAUCGGCGUUCGUUCGAGUACUGAUGUCUUGGGUUGGCUUCGGACUGGUAGUCGUCAGCGCACUGUUGCAUGCACAGAGUUCAACGAGGCCAGCAGUCGAUCGCACACAAUCUUUACCCUGUACUUAACAAGACGUACUGUGUUUCCUAUUCUUCACGCAGCCCUUUACACUUUUGUCUUCCAGGCUAACUAUCCGUUUGGAGGCAUGAUUGAAAGUGUUUACACCAGUCGGAUUAAUAUUGUUGAUCUGGCUGGAAGCGAACGGCAGGAACCCGGUAGAAACAUUGAUGAGCGACUGGCUGAAAGCUGUCAAAUUAACAAGUCACUGUUCACCUUGGGCAAAGUAAUUUCUCAGUUAUCUCAGAACGACAACCAUGCCGUUCGUUCCGACUUCUGCCCUGCUUCCGAGCCACGACCGAGGAGAAAUGGACGUCCCAUUGCUGUUGAAUUUGCUACGCCGUCACGAGCGGCAACUCCUAGGCGCCAAGGUUACGUGUCAUAUCGCGAUUCGGUUUUGACGUGGUACGUGGCGUUGCUCAAAGACAGUCUGGGUGGAAACUCGAUGACCGCUAUGCUGGCAACCAUCAGCCCUUCAUCCUUGCAUUUCGAUCAGACCUUGGCCACUUUGAACUAUGUUAAAAAAGCCCAGUCCAUCGUGAAUUCUGCAAUGAUCAAUGAGGAUCCCCGAGGUCGGGUCAUUCGUCAACUUAUGACUGAGGUGGCCCGUCUGCGUGCUGCGGCCACAACCAAAGCUGAACCAGGCAGUCCUCAGGCAUUUGAAUUGGCACGCUUGCGCGAGUUGUUAGUUUUACGGGAGAGGGAGGUGAUUGAAUUGUCAAGAGCCCUAAAGGAGCAAACAUAUCAGCAAUUCCCCAAAGAAACAAGGUCCACGAGCCUUGGGAGAUCAGUUGAGCGGAAGCCGAACGUUCCACCACAUUCUGAUGUGCCUCACAAAUUUAUCGACCGUUCCACUAGCCCAAUCAGGAACACGUUAAUGGACCUCUCUCCUUCUACCGCUUCCACACCGCUCAGGCGGCCCCAUUCCUUGUGUGAAGACGCGGAACCAAUCUGCACACUGAGUGGCUCCGUCCAAGUACAACCCAAUGUACGGGCUACUCAUACUCAAACUACGGAUGUGUGGAUCUGCAGCGCUGAUGACUACCAAGAUUUGGUCACCAAAACCGCCCAGCUGCGGUCGAGACUGGAUGAUGUGGUGGAAGAUAAAAGGAAGUUGAAACGGUGUCUGGAUGAAGCGCAGUUUCGGAACCAGAUGUAUGAGAAAAUAAUCUCUAAAAUCGUGCAUUCGCUUACUGAUCGGACGAUUCGUAUGGAAGAACUAAGCAAACCUGUGGUGCUUAGUCCUGGAUCCAACAGUGUGGAGGCUGAUGAAGCGGAAAUCAAGAAAGAUUGAAUGAUUCAUUCUUUAAGGGCCAUGUUGUGUAAGUUAGCAUGCCUGAAACUGUCUGACUAUUUGACCUGCCUUAUCCUAGACCUUAAGUUUUUCCGUCUCUUUUUUAUUAGAUUAUUCCGUCGCGGAUGGAAACUGAACUCACUGGAAUAGUUCGCCAGCUUGGACAGUCUUCCACAUCGUGGAUUUUAUUCAUGUGUGAUAUUCACCUACAGAUUGUCGUUCAGCUGUACAUAUGUGUAUUUUUGUAAGCCAAACAUGGCUGCUUUUGAC